UUUCUUCCUAGUUCUUACUCCAGACGGGCUCCCCUUCAACUGCUGGUCUGUCUCCCUCUCACACACUCGUGCAUCGCAGUGUUCUCAGGGUGCGUGUGCUGGACAGUCCGAUGAAGGUAUCAUUCGCCUUCCUUACUCCCAAGCGCGCUUGUUAUCUGUAGCAACAGCAGGUGGAUCAUCUCUCGACUUGCAACUGGUCGGGUCGUGUGCUCUGCUUACAAGAUCUGUUCCCAUCUCUUAAUAUCCCACUCCUCGCGUGUGAUACUGUGAGAGUGCAACUCAUGAUUGGAUCUGGGGUCCUGUUUCAAGCACUCCCCAGCCAUUUCAUUAUUAUAGAACCGUCGAUCCUGGCAUGGUCGUCCUUGCCACCGCCUCCCGCACCGCAACGAUCGCGCCCAGGCCGACGACCAAUUCAUCCAAGAUGCUAGUUACAUCAUCACCUGUGUCCAUUCUAAAAACGCCUAAGAGCACCCCAUCCACGACUGGGAUUAAGCACAGGAUGAUGAUGGGGGACGACUACAGCGAUCUCUCCCUGUCCCCGUCGUCCUCGUCCGACGCGGAGACGAGCCCGAGUCCUCGGAAGCGGACGCGAGUGAAGUUUGAUAAGGAGGUUUUAAUGGUACCAUAUAAAGAGGAACCUGAGCCGGAACGGAAGCCAGAGAAGAGCGCAGCCGUCGUCCGCGAGGAGGUGCGCAGGGCCAUCCAACGGCAUGUCUCUGGCACUGACAGCGAGGCGUACGACCGCAUCAAGGAGACUUUUGCGGUGGACCCGCGGCGCCGGGAUGAGGACAACAUGUUUGCCUACGAUGUACCUACACAUACGUCCUUGAGACAUCAUCUCCUGGGUCUUUUGUCAAAUGUUGCGUCCUUGGAUCGCAGUUGCAACGGACUGGUCCAAGCUGUGCUGAAUAGCGUAUGGCUGGGCCGGGACGAGUCGUACAUCAAGUUGUAUAUACGCUUUCUCGGUAACCUUGCCGCUGCCCAGGGAAGCUAUCUGGGGGCUGUGCUCAAGAUGCUGGUCAACUUUCUGGGAGAGCUUCCCAAGGACACGGGAAAGAUCCCGGGUUACCCGUCUGUGCAUGUGCCGGUGCUUUACUCCCGCGUGCACUUGGCUUUGCGCCAUGUUAUGCAGUUGAUUCCGUCUGGUAGUGGAACGCUGUCGCCUCUUCUGUCUGCUCAGUUUCCGUUUGCUUCCGAUUCGGCCAAGGCCAACAUUGCGUAUACGCGGAACCUCAUUCGAGUGAUCAGCUAUGCUCCGGAGCUUCAGGGAGAUAUUCUUUCCCUGAUUACGGAAAAGCUUGUCAAGAUUGAUGUUCACAUUCAAGUGGAUUUGGAGGACAUCGAGGAUGAAGUCGGUGAGGAUGUCCUCCAGGGAGUCUCUCCGGAAUCAGUCAUGAUCGAGGAAGAUGAUGCGGAAGACGACGAUGACAACGACUCCGUCCUUAGCGACGAUUCGGUAGACGAUGAAUCCAAGCGGAUCAAAGCCAUUCGGGACAACAUCCUCAAGCUGGAUGGCAUGAUCGACACCAUGUUCGAAUACUAUGCGCCCCCGUUCACGCUGGGCUCCCUGGAUGACAAGGAGAAUGCCUUCGAUCUUUUGAUGAGCCAUUUCCAGAACAUUAUCCUCCCCACAUACCGCUCGCGCCACUCCCAGUUCCUCCUCUUCCACUUCUCCCAGUCAUCCCCCAUCCUGGUGGACCGCUUUGCCGCAAUGUGCACCGAGCUUAUCUUCAACAAGACGCAGCCAGCCAUCAUGCGCCAAUCAGCUGCUGCUUAUCUCGCCAGCUUCGUUGCUCGCGGAGCUCAUAUCUCUGGUGAGGUUGUCCGGGAUGUGUUCGAUCUGCUGGGCACGUAUCUGAACAGCCUCCGUCUUGACUAUGAAGCCACCUGCCGGGGCCCCGACCUCCGCCGCUAUGGCCCCUUCUACUCCACAGCUCAGGCCCUGCUCUACAUCUUCUGCUUCCGCUGGCGAGACCUGACCACGGCUGCGCUGGAGGGCGACACUCCGGACCAAGUCGACGAGCUUGAACCGGAGGACAUCAUGUUCCCGCCGUCCGUCAAGGAAGUGCUGCACCAGGCCAUCCACUCCAAGCUGAACCCGCUGAAGGUGUGCUCGCCCGCAAUCGUGUCCCAGUUCGCGCGGAUGUCGCAGCACUUCAACCUGAUGUACGUGUUCAGCAUCCUGGAGACAAACAAGCGACUGCGCGUGUCCUCAUACCGCAGCAUCGGCGCCAUGGCCGAUCCGCGCUUCAGCCAAGUGGAACGAGAAAUUCGCGCCGGCGACGACCUCGGCUACCAACUAGACGCCUACUUCCCCUUUGACCCCUACCAACUCCCGCGCAGCCGCCGCUGGGUGGAGAACGACUACGUCCACUGGCGCGGCAUCCCAGGUCUAGAUGAAGACGACGACUCGGACAGCGAAGCGGACGACAACGAGUCGGAUGAAGACCUCAGCGAUGGGACCGAAACAGAUGACGAAUUGUGAUGCGUCAAGACCUUUCAAAAGAAUAACUCAAAAGUGCUUCUUUAUUUCUCUCUCUAUCUGUCUCUCGUUCUAUUGGCGAGCACAAUACCCCCAAUCUGUUUGCGAUUAUGCCAUCUCAGCAGGUUUUUUAUGUUCCUCUGAAAAGAAGAAAAGUUCUCUUGAUAUCUAGUUUUUGUUGUUUCAUGGGUGGGAAUUUAGCGCGGCGUAUGGAGAUUUGAUUUCAUUUGAUUGAUUUAUACACGCAUGCAUAUGUUGCAUAUGCCUGCUUGUUAUCUGCCUGUCUACGUUGCCAGGUCUGCUGUAAAGAGACUGGUACCGUGUUGGUUUUAUAAUGAUGGACGAUGGACGAUGAUGGCUGGAAUGGAUGAAUGGAUGGACAGAUGUAAGAUGACAUCUGCGGGGUAGAAGAGAAUGAACAAUCAACA